AUGCCAACAGUGUGGUUUUCUUUGAAGAAGUCACUACAUUGCAAAUCAGAACCCUCAGAUGUACAUGAUCCAAAAACAAGAAAGCAUUUAAGCACAAUCUUGACAAAAAAAGGAGGUAGAUCAGGUUGUUCAAGGUCAAUAGCGAAUCUAAAAGAUGUUAUCCAUGGAAGCAAACGCCAUCUCGAAAAGCCACCAAGUUGCAGUCCAAGAUCUAUAGGAAGCAGUGAGUUUCUCAACCCAAUAACUCAUGAAGUCAUUUUGAGUAACUCAAGGUGUGAGUUAAAAAUCACUGGUUUUCAAGAAGGGGUUAAUAGUGGUGGAAGCAAUGCUAGUGGAAGUAGUGGUGGUGGUUCUUCAACUUUUGUUGGUACUUUGAGACCUGGAACUCCUGGACCUGGAGGGCACCCUACAAUGCAUUACUUUAACCCUUCUUUUAGGACUUCUUCAACUCCUCCAAGGAAAUCUCCUUUUCUUUUGUCAGAAGGGUCUGGUUUUCAUGGUGGUGGUGGUGGUGUUCAUUCGAGUAAUAGGAUGUCCCUUGAGACAGAUGCUAAUGGCUCUUCUACUGUUACUUGUCACAAAUGUGGAGAACAGUUUAGCAAAUGGGAAGCUGCUGAAACUCACCAUCUCUCAAAGCAUGCUGUUACUGAACUUGUGGAAGGAGAUUCAUCAAGGAAAAUAGUAGAGAUAAUAUGCAGGACAAGUUGGUUAAAGUCUGAAAACCACUGUGGUAGAAUUGAGAGAGUAUUGAAGGUGCACAACAUGCAAAAGACAUUAGCUAGAUUCGAAGAGUACCGAGAAAUGGUGAAAAUCAAAGCAAGCAAACUCCAGAAGAAGCAUCCUAGGUGUUUAGCUGACGGAAACGAGCUUUUACGGUUCUAUGGAACCAGUGUUGCUUGUUCUCUUGGUCUCAACGGUUCAUCAAGUCUUUGCCUAUCAGAAAAAUGCUGUGUCUGUAGAAUUAUCAGGAAUGGUUUUUCUGCUAAGAAGGAGCUGAAAGGUGGUAUAGGUGUUUUCACAACUUCCACAAGUGGAAGAGCUUUUGAGUCUAUAGAGAUUCUUGAUAAUGAACCAUCACUAAGAAAGGCGUUGAUAGUGUGCAGAGUAAUCGCUGGCAGGGUUCAUCGGCCGUUAGAGAACAUUCAGGAAAUGGCAGCUCAAACUGGAUUCGAUUCAUUGGCUGGAAAAGUCGGUCUUUACUCGAAUAUCGAAGAGCUCUAUUUGCUUAAUCCUAGAGCUCUUCUUCCUUGUUUUGUCGUAAUUUGCAAACCAUGA